AUGGAGCGCACAACCUGGCUGGACGGCCUGCGCGGCAUCGCAGCCGCGAUCGUCGCCUUCGAUCACUAUUUUAUGAGCGACGUCUGGCACCCGUUCGUCUCGUUCUGGACCGAGCCUCCCGAAUAUAAUCGGCACAUCGUACAGUUGCCGCCAAUUCGCAUCCUCUUCUCUGCUCAUGGCAUGGUGACCCUAUUCAUGGUGAUCUCUGGCUACGCUAUCUCCAUCAGUCUCCUGAACGCGCGCGACGGGCCCCAAUUUCUGCAACGCAUGUCAUCCGCGAUCGUGCGCAGAGUGUUUCGAAUAUAUCUGCCCGUUAUCAUCACCGCUAGUAUCGCACAGAUCUUCUAUUUCUUUGACCUCUACCAUUGGGAAUUUGACCAGGGUCUCAUCGACGAUCUGCCUAAGCCUUGGUCAAACCCCUGGGCCCACUUUACUUGGCUGAUGCAUUACAUGGCGGAGAGUAUCAAUGUCAUCGCCUCUGAGUACCGUGGCGGUCUUAAUGGGCAGUUGUGGACUAUGCCCCUGGAAUUCAGGGGAUCAAAUGUUGUCUACCUACUGAUUAUUGGUCUUUCGGGUUGGCGAAGGAGAGUGAGGCUCAUUGUUCUUCCCACUUUGGGGGCGUUUUUCUUCUGGUGGGGCAACUGGGAUAUUUUCGGUUUUAUCUGGGGUCUUUGGCUUGCAGAAAAGGCUCAUGGUACUGCAUCGAGAGAGAACUUCGAUCAGGAUACGGAGCUUGAAAUGGCAGAGUUUGAUGACACGCCGAACCCACUCUUUUCUUUGCCUGAGCGCUUCAACAUUUGCAGUGGAAAGCGUCGGUAUAAAGCGCUGGGUUGGCGACACCCAAGAAGUUGGCUCGUCUUGUCGCGUGUUGGAAUCGCCCUCGUCUUUCUCGCUGGGUACUAUCUCCUCUGUCUCGGCAAUGAUGGUCAUCUCCCAACAGGAUAUGGGUUCUUAUCCUACAUCCAGUCAUCGCAAUGGAAGGAUCGGUGGCAUAUCUAUCACUUUUGCUGGAAAGAGCUCGGAUCUGCCAUGCUUGUUUUUGGGAUCGCAGAAUUUAAAAUCCUGCAGCGACCGCUAGAUACCCGCGUUGUGCAGUAUCUGGGGAAAAAUCUCAUUUGCGCUUUAUCUGCUUCAUGA